ACCGUCUGAAUGGAUGUGGGUGUGUAGUGCCCGUCAAAACAAGACGAAACAAGGUAGUGAACAGAGUGUAUGAAGACAUGAGCAGGGAAAACCUCCAGGGAUAAAUGUGGAGAUGUUGAGUAUGAGUGAAGAAGAAGGUGUGCCAUUAAGCCCCCCUCCUCCUAGGACAUUUGACAGUGAUCUGUUUGAUGCUUAUGGUGAAGCAGCCUUUCAAACCCACAUCAAUCAUGCCUUGGGAGCCAGGAUGAACCUAGCUGGCAGGUCAGGAAAUGAGUUCAGUGACUUUCAGUUGCCUCCAAUCGAGCCAGGGAGAUGUCUCUCACCAACUUCUGUCUGGCAGGCUCGAGGCACUAAAAACAGAAGCGGACAAGUUAUGCGGAAGCCAAAAUCUAAAUUGAGGACAAGUAUGACCAGCAGUAUGAGGACUAACACCCCAGAUGAGCAAAACCCUGAAUCCAUUCCCUUCCAGCCACAGAAUUUCAUGUCUUCCACAAGGCUCAAGAAAGUUCACAUUUCCAAGAGACAUUUGGAUACAUUUGGCGGCCCAGAGUAUUCCAUCCCUUCCAAGAGGGGAAUCAUCCUUCAUUCUGACAGAUACAGUUGGGAGGGGGCAAGGCCAUUAGAUGGAUCAAUAAGCCAACGUGAUCGAAUGAGAUUAGAGAUAGAUUAUAUAGAAAAGCUUCGAGGGCUGAAGAAACGCAAAGAAGUAUGGCCACACAGAGCAGAAAUGGACCUUUUGAUGGCUGGCAGGAGAAUAGAGUUUGAGGAGAGGUUUGAUCUAAAUGGAGAACUUCAGCACUUGAAAUCACUGGUAAUGCCUGAUGCUGCCAAGGAUCUCUUCCAUGGGAAAGGCAUCAAACUUCCUGGAAACCAUGCAUCGAUCAAACCACGCCCAAACAGGACUUACAUGGAAAUGUAUGCUGAUGUAUCUGCGUCAGCUCCAUCAGGCCUGCGUUCACUCAAUCCCAAGUUGGCCCUGGACCCUGAUAUCAGACGAGGCUGGUCCAACACCCAGGGGCUGUCAGGACGUUCAGACAAACCCGGACUCCUACCCAGCAUCAACAGAAAUAACAGCUUACGUCUAGACUCACCUUUUGUCACAGGUAUUGGUCCCGUGUCAGAGACAGCUGUGUCCCUCUCUCAGGCUCGCCGUGUCACUAAAGGUCGUAAGCCCUCCCAGCCCCCAGGGUCUAUCCUGCCCCAGAGUAAGCCGUCGCCUCUCCCCAGACUAGAGCUCCUCCCAACCCACAGCUACAGUGCCUCAGGAGAGGCAGACCCAACCAGAGAACCUUCACUGUCACCUUUACCUAAGACAACUUUUCCACCAAUGAACAGUGUCAGCCAUCCACAGUCUGACAACCAAGAGAAAAACAACUCUGAUCAGUUAAAGGAGACUGCGAGAUCCCCCAUGCCACAGACAGUCUCGCCUGAUUCACAAAAGACAGAUAAUACAGCACUUAUUGUUGGAAAUGUGGAUCUUCAGAAUGAUGAUCCAGCAGCUAACGUGGGAAUUGGAGAGCAGGAGAUUGAUGAUACACCAAAUGAUGAUGGGAAUGUGAAUCAGCAGGAAAAUGAUCCAGCAGCUGACGUGGGAAUUGGAGAGCAGGAGGUUGAUGAUAAAGUGGAUUAUGAUGGGAAGGUGAAUCAGCAGGAAAAUGAUCCAGCAGCUGACGUGGGAAUUGGAGAGCAGGAGGUUGAUGAUAAAGUGGAUUAUGAUGGGAAGGUGAAUCAGCAGGAAAAUGAUCCAGCAGCUGACGUGGGAAUUGGAGAGCAGGAGGUUGAUGAUAAAGUGGAUUAUGAUGGGAAGGUGAAUCAGCAGGAAAAUGAUCCAGCACCUAAUGUGGGAAUUGGGGAGCAUGAGAAUGAUGAUACAGCAGAUGAUGCUGGGAACAAAGAGCAGGAUGUGCAGCAAGAUGAAAGAGUAAGUUCGCCAUUUCCAGCUGAAGAGGUUGAAGAUGCAGAGGGGACACUUGCGUCAGGGGAGAUAACUCAACAGAAAUCUCCUGUCAACCCACUACAGGGAGCAGAUGUUGAUGAGUUAGUGUCUGUUGGAGAGAGGACAGAGCUCACAGAAACCUUCCAGAGACUGGAUACAGAUAUGGAUGGUCAUAUUCAAUAUGAAAAGCUGAUUGACCAGCUUCCAGUACCAAGUCACCAGGAACAAUAUUUAAAACAGGUUUAUGACAUCUCCAGCUCUCAAAGCUUUUUUGGUGUGGAUGAAUUCAUAACAAUGAAUGCUCUAGCUAAUACAGUCAAAGAUCUAAGUGGUCCACCUGCUGAUGCCUUCAAUGUGUUAGAUCCAGCUUCCCUAGAGAUGUCUUUUCUCAGAUAUGUUGAGUUGUUUCACUCUGUUGAUCGCAUAAAGAAAGGAUACAUCUCUAUGAAUUCACUGAAAGAAAUUUUAUCUACGACUUUGGAGAAGGACUUAAUGACAGAGGAGCAGCUGUGGACCGAGAUUGUUCACAACAUAAAUAAGGUGGAGGAGGAAAGACUCAGUAAGGUGGAGUUUCUCAGUCUUAUCCCAUAUUUCAUCAGCCUUUCAACAACUGUGUAAAGGGACAGGGGUGAAGGGUUAAGGAUACCCUACACUGACAUAACACAGGCUGAUCAUUGGAUCAGGUGUCUGACAGACCUCAGCCUAAUAACAUCCAGUAACCAUUCAAGCAAGAGACGACCAAAGUGGCGUCUGAUUAAAGUGGUGUCUGAUUGGAAUCUCACUGCACAGUGCCAAGUAGCGGGUGCCUAGUGACUGGAUCCAUUUCAGUAAAACGGGGGAGAGGAAGAAGCGAUGGACUCAUGUGUAUUGUAUCAGUGUGGAUAUGAAGAUCUAGUGGCAAGAUGGUAGAGUAUGGCUCUUGUGCUGGUCUGCAAUUAGCUUAUGGUAGUACAGAUAAGACAACCAGUAAACAUAGAUGAUGUACUGUAA